UGKAACAGRCUGGUUGAACAGCACAAUCUUUAYUUGCAGUCCAGUAGAUUACAGYCAAACCAGUUGUGGCCUUCUGUGCCAAGUGGAAACCAGAAAAGACAGCGAGGCGGAGGAGAACAGGCCUUUUUAAAGGUUAACAUGCAGUCCCAACAGAUGCACGUUUGUCACGGUGUAUCUGAAGCAUUCCUUUCCUAACAUGGGAACUUGUGCCGAGCUCUCAGCUGGUGUAAGCCUUGUCUUAAAAGGGAAACAGGACAUGAUGCCUUCUGAGAAAAGGCCUCAACUUGAGACACUUCAGUACUYAAAUGCACCAUGAYGUCAUCACCUCCUCCUCACUGAGCAGGAAUCAGGUGUGAAGACCUGACCCACAUGGAGACUGGCUGCACCUGAAACCACCUGAAACCAGGUUCCUCUCAGAGGGACUGAGAGCAGAAGAUGGAGGGAUGGAUGGAGGAAGUGGACGACAGGGUCACCUGGCUGUCCAUGAGUGAUGUUCCUAAACAGAGACCUCCAGACUUCAGUCCUGAACCUGGACCCUCAGACACAAAAGCUGCUGAUGCUAGACUCUCAGAGACUCGUUGUAAAGUUGUGUCCUCAGCUCUGAAGUCCAACCCCUCCACACUGACACAUCUGGACCUGAGCUGGAACAAACUGUCUGACGAUGGAGUGCAGCACCUGUGUUCUGGACUGGAGAGUCCAAACUGCAGACUGGAGGUUCUGAGAUUGGAGGGUUGCAAUUUAUCAGAGAUCAGUUUUUCUUCUCUGGUCUCUGCACUGAAGUCCAACCCCUCCCAUCUGAGAGAACUAGACCUGCGGAGGAACAGAAAACUGUGUGACUCUGGAGUGAAGGAACUCUGUGGUUUCCUGGAGAGUCCAAACUGUAGACUGGAGGUUCUGAGAUUAAAAUGGUCCAGUUUGUCAGAGAUCAGCUGUUCUUCCCUGACCUCUGCUCUGAAGUCCAACCCCUCCCAUCUGAAAGAAAUGGACCUGAUCUGGAACCACCAGUUUGACUCUGGACUCAUUGAGCUCUGUGGUUUCCUGGAGAGUCCAAACUGUAGACUGGAGGUUCUGAGAUUGAUGAACUGCAGGUUGUCAGCAAUCAGCUGUUCUUUUCUGGUCUCAGCUCUGAUGUCCAACCCCUCCCAUCNCAGUCGUGGCUCCCAAGAAUAA